AGUAAUAUGCACAAGAGUAUUUUCUUUCUUGGGAUAUUUUGAAGAAUAUGGCUCCUAUUCCUAUUCCUAUUCCUCUCUUGGUUUUCUUCAUCAUCAUCACUACUCAUUCUCUCCUUUCAAUCUCAGCUCAUGAUAAAUGUCCACCAUUCUUUUGUGGUAAACUUGGCUCAAUUAGCUUUCCUUACAACAAUAAAACCAAUCCUGAAUGUGGAGUAUUCACUGUUGAUUGUUCAGAAGAAAACAAACCAAAGAUUCAACUAAAAGAAGAAGGACAUUGGUAUGCCAUUAAGAACAUCUCUCAAGCAAAUUCGAUUCUAAUUGAGGACACAACAUCAUUGCCUUCUUCGAAUUUCGCCAAUGAUUGUGAAACUAUCAAUAGUUUCGCUCUUCCCCGACGCAAUUCAUCGCUAUUCAGUUACAACUUAACAGCUGAGAAUUCACUAAAGUUUUACAAUUGCAGCCAUAGUGUUGGAUUGGAAGAUUUUGAUCAAAUUAAGUGCAGAGACAGAGACUAUGAUUUCUUCUUCUACAAAAACACAAGUUCUCCAUUGGAACAACAAUGUCCACUUAUUGAGCUUCCACUUCCAACACCAAAACAUCAUGAAAAUGAUCCAUUGUCGAUUCUUUUUGCUUUUCAAGUGCAAAUAAGCUUUGAAUGUGCAAGUUGUCACUACUUAAGAGGAGGGAAAUGCUAUAACAAUGACCAAAAUCAGUUAGUGUGUUUAACUGAUAUUAAAGAAGAAAAAGCCAAAGUUAGCAUAGCACUAAGACUGGGACUUGGAUUAGGGUUAGGUUGUGGAAUUGUUUUGACCAUAAUUGGGUUGGGAAUCAUUAUGUGGCGCAGGAAACAAAAACAUGUUACAAAAACCAUGGCUGAUGAUCCUCAUAUGAAUAUAGAGGAUGUACAAGGAAGGACAAGUGGCUAUCUUGGGGGUGUUCUUGUCUUUUCUUACAAAGAUCUCACUCAAGCUACUAAUAACUUCCAUUCUAAAAGAGAACUUGGACAUGGAGGUUUUGGAACUGUUUACUAUGGCAAACUCAAAGAUAGGAGAGAAGUAGCAGUGAAGAGAUUCUAUGAGCACAACUACAAAAGAGUAGAACAAUUCAUGAACGAGAUAAAAAUCCUCACACUCUUGCGCCACAAAAACUUGGUAUCCCUCUAUGGCUGCACUUCACGCCGCAGCAGAGAACUCCUCCUUGUCUACGAGUACAUCCCCAAUGGCACAGUCGCCGACCAUCUCCACGGACACCAUGCAAAAACCAGCCCCUUAACAUGGCCAAUUCGCCUAAGCAUUGCCAUAGAAACCGCCAGCGCUUUGGCCUACCUACAUGCAUCAGACAUAGUCCACCGCGAUGUCAAGACCAACAACAUUCUCCUAGACAACAAUUUUAGUGUCAAAGUUGCGGAUUUUGGCCUAUCAAGGCUUUUUCCCAACGAUGUAACUCAUGUUUCAACCGCGCCACAGGGGACCCCUGGCUACGUUGAUCCAGAGUAUCAUCAGUGUUAUCAACUGACGAGUAAGAGCGAUGUUUAUAGUUUUGGAGUUGUUCUUGUUGAGCUCUUAUCAUCUAUGCCUGCUGUUGAUAUAACAAGACAUAGAGAUGAGAUCAAUCUCUCUAACUUAGCUAUAUGCAAGAUUCAAAAAAGGGCUUAUAAUGAGUUGAUUGAUGAACAACUUGGGUUUGGUUCAAAUAUUGAAGUUAGAAAUAUGACUAUUGGUGUUGCAGAGUUGGCUUUUGAGUGUUUACAACAAGAUAAGGAAAUGAGGCCUACAAUGGAUGAGGUUUUGGAGAGACUUAAGAGAAUUGAAAUUGAGAAUUAUGAGGUUGUUGGUGGAAAUAGUUCUUCUGAGUUGAUCAAUAUGAGUAAUGUUGGAUUGUCAAAGAAAAUGAAACAUGAGCAAUUGCCAUCUCCCAAUGCUGUGAUUGAAAAUUGGCCUAGUACUAGUACGCCUACCACUCCUAAUUUCAGUGCCUAAAUUUAGUUCUUUUGCUAAAAUUUGAAUAGAAGUGUAUAAUUAGUCAUGUUUGGUUGAUUGUGCUGUUGAGAUUAAUGAUACAAUUACACCUAGUAAUAGCUACUAAACCAUAACCCAUGUAGAGUUUUGAUAAUUGGAUAAA